CCCCCCUAGGCCUCCGCCAUGGCGAGUAGCAGCGGCGCCGGGGCGGCGGCGGCGAAUCUGAAUGCGGUGAGGGAAACCAUGGACGUUCUGCUUGAGAUUUCAAGAAUUUUGAAUACUGGAUUAGAUAUGGAAACUCUGUCUAUAUGUGUACGACUCUGUGAGCAAGGAAUUAACCCAGAAGCUUUAUCAUCAGUUAUUAAGGAACUUCGCAAGGCCGCUGAAGCAUUAAAGGCUGCUGAAAAUAUGACAAGCUGACUUUCUGAAGAAAUCCUGGUGAGAUAUGUCAAGCUCUGCAAGAGGAUUGAAGAUGGCAUUGUAGUUAAGAAUGUACAAUGAAAUCACUGCAUGUAGCAAUGUGGAAACAUUGUCCUUUUUAAAAGAAUUAUAAAACCAUAGCUUUAUAAAUCAGUGAAAGUGGCUUAUGGAGAAAACUAUCAGUUGUGUUUACACCACAUCUUUUUUUUUUUUUAA